AGACCGUUCCUAUCCGUUGGCCGGCUCUGGGGACAUCAACUGUGUACCUAGGUAUAUCCAUAACUACCUAACUACCUCAGUAUUAGGAACAUGGAUGGAUGAUAUAAUUAUUCGUUUAUUAUCACUGUCUGCGUACUACUGCUGAAGAUACGACAUGCUAUUGCAGCCACAACUGUCACUGUCACUCCUACCACGACGCCUACGACUACCUCUACCUCUACGUACUACACUACCUCGGAUCUCUCAUCCAGAUAACACACUUACUUCCGCAAUUGCGACUACAAUUAAUUGUUCUUCGGUCCCCAAUCGCCAUUUCCAUCUUUGUAUUCACCGGUAUUCCACAAUGGCUCAGCGUCGGAUCACGAACCCCGCCCUGUUUAUCUGCGAUUUGCAGGAUAAAUUCCGGCCCGCCAUCCAUGAGUUCCCCAAAGUCAUUUCUACAACCCAGAAGAUGCUCAAAGCGAGCCAGAUACUCAAUAUCCCCGUCUUCGCCACAACCCAGAACAAAACACGACUUGGCGAGACAUGCCCAGAGCUAGGGCUGGACGCUGCCGAUGGCGUGAAGACAGUUAUACACGCGGAUAAGACCAUGUUCUCCAUGCUAACUCCCGAGGUACGCAAAGCUUUGGAAAAAUUCGACUCGAAGCUAUCCUGCGUCAUCGUCGGCAUCGAGUCCCAUAUCUGUGUCACACAAACAACGCUUGAUUUGUUGCACGAGGGACAUAAAGUCUACAUUCUCGCCGACGGUGUAAGCAGUUGUAAUAAGGAAGAAGUACCGAUCGCCCUAGCUCGACUCCGCCACGAAGGCGCCGUGGUCACCAGCAGCGAAAGCUUCCUCUACGAAUGCAUGGGCGAUGCAGGAAUCGAAGAGUUCCGCCAGAUAGCACGUUUGGUCAAGGAGACAUCCUCAUCUACGAAGGAUACACUCCAAACACUUUGUAAAAUUUAGUGUACCCAAGUUGCUUCGCCAAUAUCAC